AUGGACGACAGUGGAAACAAAGGUUGGUUAGAAGGUGCCAUUCGCGAUAUAGUAAAUGGUUCCAUCGCAGGUGCAUGUGGUAAAGUAAUCGAAUUUCCAUUCGAUACUGUGAAAGUCAGGUUGCAAACACAAGCGUCAAGUGUCUUUCCAACGACUUGGUCGUGCAUAAAAUACACUUACCAGCAUGAGGGUAUAGCGCGAGGAUUCUUCCAAGGGAUUGCUUCGCCUCUGGUGGGGGCAUCCCUAGAGAACGCCAUGUUGUUCGUUUCAUAUAACCAAUGUCACAAGCUUUUAGAGAAGCACACAAACGUUUCUCCGUUAGGAGAGAUAUUAAUCUCUGGUGGAGUGGCGGGCUCGUGUGCAAGCCUGGUACUGACACCUGUAGAAUUGGUAAAAUGUAAACUGCAAGUUGCCAACUUACAGAGUACCUCUACUAAAGUGAAGCAUACAAAGGUUCUGCCUACAAUAAAGGCGAUCGUAAGCGAGAGAGGUGUAACAGGAUUGUGGCAAGGACAAUCGGGGACUUUUAUUCGAGAGAGUCUUGGAGGUAUCGCCUGGUUUGCGACCUAUGAACUAAUGAAACAGUCUUUGAAAGACAGGCAUACUCUUGAUGACCCGAAAAGAAACGAAAAUAAGAUAUGGGAACUUCUCGUUAGUGGAGGGAGUGCUGGUUUGGCAUUCAACGCUAGUAUUUUCCCUGCAGAUACGGUGAAGUCAAUAAUGCAAACAGAGCAUAUAAGCCUUACCAAUGCGGUGAAGAAUAUAUACGCCAAGUUUGGUAUAAAAGGGUUUUAUAGAGGGUUGGGUAUAACACUCUUUAGAGCUGUGCCAGCCAAUGCAGCUGUUUUCUACAUCUUUGAAACUCUUUCUGCUCUGUAA